UUUGCAUCCAAGAUAAUAUAAGUGGAAAAUGCAGAAUUCGCCUGAACAAACCUCUCCUUGAUUUACGGCCAAGGAAAAAUACAGUGGAAACGCUCCUGCAUGAAAUGAUCCACUACUACCAGCGACUCAGAGGAACAAGUGAUAUAGAUCAUGGCGCAACCUUUCAUUUUCACAUGGAGCGAAUCAAUAGAGAAAGUGGCGCAAAUAUUACGGUCUAUCAUGAUUUUGAUCAAGAAUACGAGUCACUGAAGCGCCACUGGUGGAAAUGCAAUGGUCCCUGUGCACAAGUAGUGAGGCGGCUUGCGGACAGGACUCCGGGCUCCAAGGCGCACAAGCGCAAAUGCGGAGGAGACUUUAUAAAGGUCCAAGAACCAAAGAGAAUGAGAACUGGCCUAUAGAAUCACAGGAAUAUUCUAGAGACUUUCUCCUUGGCUAAUAACAGUUUUGCCAGGAAAUAAGGCCGUGGCCCAAGAAUGCCCAGCACUGAGUUAUGGAAAAUGAGAUGCCCCUAUCCAGAUAGGCAAUGUGGGAGGCUAUUUCUACGAGAAGAACUGAAAUGAACCCCCAAUGGGCCAAGAAAAUGCCAACGAGCAGCCAUAAGAUUAGCAUUGCCUACGUUAUAUAAGGCACGGGCACAGCGGCAGCAAGAGAAACAAACCGUACUGCUGAACUGGCCAGUAGAAGGGAUACAAGUUGGAUACUGGGACUGUUCCAAUGGAUACAGAAAUCACACAAAGAGUCACACAGAGCCACACCAAGGAACAGACACAACUGAAUGGAAUCCCUGAUGCCCUUUCAUACAAGUCAUGUGCCAGUUGAAGCGCUGCUGUUGGAAAUACAAUGGGCCCUGGGCACAAGUAGCGGGCAGGCCUGCUCAAAUACAAACAGGAGGAACUGAGUAGGAAAUGUUAUAAAUAUCCAGGAACCUCACAGGAGACCUUCAAACAAGAGACUUGAGAGUUGACCUACAGAAAAACUUCACAGAGACGUUCCUCUUGGCUAUGGCACCGUUACGUAUCCAGAAAACUUACUUUCCAGGCAUGCGCAGUUGGAGCUAGUCUGGGAUUAGCGCCGACUGCCAAUGUGCCAGAAGGCUCCAUCCGUCUGCGAAGGGAAAGAAGAGGAUCUGCGCCAGAAGGCUCCAUCCGUCUGCGAAGGGAAAGAAGAGGAUCUGCGCCAGAAGGCUCCAUCCGUCUGCGAAGGGAAAGAAGAGGAUCUGCGCCAGAAGGCUCCAUCCGUCUGCGAAGGGAAAGAAGAGGAUCUGCGCCAGAAGGCUCCAUCCGUCUGCGAAGGGAAAGAAGAGGAUCUGCCCCAGAAGGCUCCAUCUGUCUGCGAAGGGAAAGAAGAGGACCUGAAGAUCCUGAAGAUACAUGAACUCUUGCCUGUGGGGGAUUUAGUUCCCCUUUAAUGUAAAUAAUA